GCUCCUCCGCUCGAGUCGUGUAGGCUCAGACCUCCGCAUCCCUUAUAUAUCUAUUAGAUCAUAAUCAUGGCACUCUUCACUUUGCUCUACAAACUUUCUACCUGCCGCGACUUGUAUCUUCAUGUCUCACGACCACCUUAUUUCGGUCACGUUGUUCUUUGCAAGCACUCGUAUUUUAGAAAAGUUGUAAUUGUACUACGCGAGAGCGCACCAAUCUGAAUGACCACCUACAGCAGCCUGGUAUUACCUCCAAAGUGAAGAGUAGAUGUAGAUACCUCCAAGCCCCCUUCAUCUCUAAAGUAGAAACAAACCAACUAUCGUAACGCCCAC